UCGGCGCUAGCUUCGCCGCUAGUAACCUUUUACCAGCAAAGAGGGAAGUAACGUCUGAGGGAUUUAAGGAAAGGCAGUUGGAAAACAUUGUCAAAGAACUGAGUUGGCGCCUGAAUGACUGCUGGAAACUGUGUCUGUCCCCUGCAUUUGGAAGAAAUUCAACGCUAAUGAAAUGACCACGAGUGCGCGGAAGUUUCUGUUUAUUGAUGUGGUAGCUAGCUGGUUGGCCCUGUUAGCCUGUUAGCGAGAUGAUCAAUCAGGUCGACCUGACUUGCAGCGGACGAGCGACCCUUCCUCCUCAUCGGAUCUAGUUCAUCCUCUUCAUUAGUAAUGGGCCCCCUGUUCAGCUAGUACGACGCGUGAAAACUAUCAGCAGCCCUUUAACUAUGGGAGGAUGUGUCGGGAGAUACUGGGAAGGCUGGGAGGACACACAGAGCAGAGGCUCAUCCAGGAAUGGGGGACGAGGAGCCCGUAACGAGCCUCUGAAGAAAGAUCGUCCCAAGUGGAAGAGCGACUAUCCCAUGACGGAGGGCCAGCUGCGAAGUAAACGGGAUGAGUUCUGGGACACGGCCCCGGCCUUUGAGGGCCGUAAGGAGAUCUGGGACGCCCUGAAAGCUGCAGCUGUGGCUCUGGAGUGUAAUGAUCAUGAGCUAGCCCAGGCUAUAGUGGAUGGAGCCAGCAUCACACUGCCACAUGGUACUCUUGCAGAGUGCUAUGAUGAACUUGGGAACCGAUACCAGUUGCCCGUUUACUGCCUGGCUCCACCCAUCAACCUCAUCUCAGAACGCAGUGACGAGGAUCCCAGCGACAGCCCCGAACCACCUGUAGCUCCCAAGAAAGAGUUCCAGCUGAAGGUACGGCUCUCCACAGGCAAGGACCUUCGCCUCAGCGCCAGCAUGGCUGACACCAUCGGUCAGCUGAAGAAGCAGCUCCAGGCUCAGGAAGACAUCGACGCCACCCAUCAGCGCUGGUUCUUCUCUGGGAAGUUGCUGACGGACAAGACGCGGCUGCAGGACACUAAGAUCCAGAAGGACUUUGUCAUCCAGGUCAUUGUCAACCCACAGGCCCUUCAAAUCCCCAAACCAUCACCCACCAACACCACUGCCUCCUCCCCUGCUUCUGAAUAAUCAAUACCACAGAGUUUAGAGAGAGGGAAAGCACAGUGGGUUGUUUGGAGGGGGGGCGGACAUAAAAAGACCAGAGGUGCCUCCUUUUGCUGGAUAAAAAAACAGCUACUGUUACUGACAUGAAAUCAAACUACAAAGGUACGGAACUUUUCUGGAACGAAAACAUGAGGGAGAAACACAGAAAUGCUGCUUUCUUUCAUCUGCCACACCAUCUUUUUGGGGAAUCUGCUGGGUUUAUUUCGGUGAAUCCAGGCACCACACUAACUCUGUAGACAGCCGUCCUCUUUCUUUUUGAACCAUCUCCAACAGAGCAGAACUGAUCACGAAGGUGUGCAGCCUUUCAACCAUGUGCACAUCAUGCUGCACAUGCUGACUCUGUCUCUCACCUGUGUCUGCACUGAUGCUAAUUGAGUGCCAACGGAGAAAAUGCAGGUGUUUGUGUUGGUUCUGAAGCACAUUGCUACUAUGAUGCCCACAGGCUCUGCACAGAAACAGGAGGUGAAAGCAGAGAUACUGAGAUGUUUUCAUCUCUCUUUUUAUUGAGGAAUGAUGUAAAGUGAGCUUUUUUGCACAUUCAAAUAUUACUAUACUUUUGUGGUAGUUUGUGUGCCUUCUACAAGACAAAACAAAAAGGGUUUAUGUCCUGACGGAUGCUAGUUUUACUGCUAGGCUAAGACUUCUGUAUUUUUUCUAUUCAGGAACUUCUAGAUUGAUCUAAGCUGCCUUUUUUUAACGAUUUCGUGAAUCUUGCAGAGAUGAUAAUUUUUGUGUGGAUGCUUGUUUGUGUGUUUGUGUUGUGUGCCUGUGUGCGUGUCUGUGUUUGGGCAAAAGAAAUAGAUUUGGCCCAUAAUACAUUUCAGUUUGACGUAGCUUAUAAAGACAAGACUGUUCUUUGGUGAAUAAGUCAUAGCUCUACAUUCAAUCAUAUCAUAAUCUUUAGGGAAAUGCAAAAACAAUGGUAUUAAAAGCUGCAUUAUUGACCACUUUAGGACCCCCCACCACUAGGGGCUGCAGUGUAGCCCUUAAAAGAGUUGGUUAAGUUGUUACGGGCUGGUCGUCCUUUCCUCUCCAUUUAAAGAAUGUAAAUCCAGCCUUCACUCAUAUCUUUUGUCGAUGUGGUUCAGAAAAAUAUUUGACAUACUUGUUCAAAUGAUGUUUUCACCAGCGGACGGUUGGCUUCUGUUAAUCAACUACAUGUUUUUAUAUGUGAGACUGUGGAGAGCUGUUGGAUUUAUAAGGAGCGGUGAACCAAAAUAAUGAGCUUAGUGCAAGAAUGGGCAACGUUUCAAGCUUAUUAUGUUGGUGUUUUAUUAAAAAUAUCAUUUAAAUGAGCCUUUGAUAUGGUUGGGUCUACUUAUCCUCUGUAAAAACAAGUAUAUAACGUCUUCUGUGGCUCCAGAGGAACUUCGCAUAGCAUGAAAAGAUUACCUUUAUGCCAUAUUGAUGUCAAAAUAUGCAUUUGUGCAUACAGAGGAGAAAGACUGGAGUCUUUAGCAGACAUGGGGCCUCUUCCUUAGGAUUCUAUUGCACUGCAUUUUAGGAAAUGUAGGAGCCAUUUGUGCAACUUGUCCUGUUGUCGGGAUUAUUAUUCAGGUCUCUGCAGAAUCUCCUUUCACCAUUCUUGUUUUAGCUGAUUUCACAUGAGUUAUCCACCUUUUUAAAAGUGAAAUACAUUGAUUAGGGAUUCACCCAUAUUGGUUUUUCAGGGCAGUCAUUGCUUAUUGAUACCUCAUAAGACCAGUAACCAAUAUUUGGAGCUGUAAUGCAAGCAAAAUGUCCAAUGUAAUGAAUGUAAAAAUCAGCAGUUCAGGACCAUUUCUGUUAACAUGAGUAAUGGGGACACAGCAGCAGUAGGAAAACUGGAGGUGAUGCCAUAUACUCACAGUGUCAGUGGCACCCAGGCCUCAGUACUGAUUGGCUAGCAUUAGUUUGACGUUAAGCCAGUCAGAUUGUGUUGUAGGUGGGACAAUAGGUCAAGCAUAAACAAAUCCAGAGGGGAAGACACACCUCACAGCAGAACCAAGUUUUGGUAAUCGGUAUAAUAAAAUGCCAGUCCAGUAAUGCCUCAUAUCAGCCCUGAUAAUUGGCCUGCUCAUUAGGGCUGGGUAUUUUCUGCAGCCUCAUGAUAUAAUAAGUUUCACGAUACAGAGGCCAUGAUACGAUGCUCGUGAUACAAGUUGAUUUGGGAUAUGUGACGUAAUAAACAUGUGUUACACAGAUUUCACCACAGCUGCUCUUUUUUGUUGCAGAGGAUAACUGAAGUGGUAUAGUUUCAUGGCUCUUGUACUUUAAAAAACUUAAAUUGAGAUCCUCAGUGAUCCAAGUAAAUUCAAACUGUCUAUUUCUAAUCAUUUACUUAUUAAUAUAUAAGCAAAUACAGUAAUAUAUAACUUUUUAAAUCUAAUUUAUCCCUCUCUGUUGUCUCUCUUGCUUUUGCUUUUCAUACUCACACUGGUUUUACUUUAGUAUAAGCCCCCAUGUAUUUGUAAGAAUGACUUUUUGCUUUACUUUUGAAUAAAACAGCACCACAGUUUCUGUGCAGUUCAGAGGAGUGAGAAUUAAAUAGCGUUGCUAACAGUGCCUGAAGCAGCAGUUUUGUGUUGCAGUGUUUUGCCGUGUUUUUGGACCGUUUGCAUGACUCACAUCCAACUCCUGACUUUUGCGGUCUUUGAAUGAACCUAGUAUCUUUGCUUUUAGUCUUGCUGGCAGUGGAUAAAAACUAUAGUCCAUGUUACCCAGUGUGAGUAUCACCCCUAAUGCGUUUCGAUGGAGUGAGGUGUGUGCAUGCAUUUUCACAGCUGCUGCCAUCUGCUGGCUUUCUGUUAACUGCACCCUGGGGCAUGUCUUUGUUUAAACUGCUGUCACAGCAUUUACAGGCAUAUCGGUUAUGUGAAAUCUGAAUCAAUACAUGGCGCAUGUGAAGAUAUGUUGCCAGAUUGAUUUUUUUUAGUGCAGGCAUACUGGCCAAUGACUGGUUGACCCCUAACUUUGAUACUUGAGAGCCCCCCUAAAGCUCCAGACGGGAUCUUAAAUUUUGCAAAUAUCCAAUCCUGCUUUUAUUUUAGCUGCAGUAUGCAUGAACCUCUGACAAUCUUUGCCUUUGACAAACGAAAGUAAGUCAGUGAAUGCUGUUAAACCCAUCUGACUUCUACUAUUUUUUUUAUAAAUGAAGAAGAGCCUCCAGUUGGUCACCAACAACAGCAGCUCCUAGAGGACUGUAACAUGUCAGCGACAGGAAAUUACCUUGAAAUAUUGCUGCCUGAAGUUCCCAGACAGUCUGAGUGUCAGAAACACAUUAAAACACUGAAGAUGAAUUUACACAGCACCUCAAAUUGCAGAGUAAAAAUAUUCCCCUCAGUCAUGACGGAUCAUAUUUUCGUCCUAGUAUAGAAAUCCCACAGCUACAUUUGGCUCCUCGCUCUCAUGAAUCAUUUGGACAUGUAAGAAGUCAUACCCUGAGACGACGAAUUGAAGUUUUCAAUCAGACCAAAUGCAUGUUUGAACAGUUAGACCACAGUCCUCAUGUAUGGAAAGAAAGCCUGUAAUAAGUCUGGCCAUUUUAUCAGUAAUACAAUAUCUUACUGGGAACUAUAACCACUGUUGAUUUUACCUCUCACUUUUACGACUGCACAUACGGAUGGCUCACAUUCUUGGUUUAUAUUUCUAGUAUAAGCCACUAAAUUUGUGGUUUUUCAUAAAUCCAAAAGAAAAUUUAACUUAAAAGACAGACUUUUUGACCUACAUACUGAUAACCAGUAACAUCCCUGCCAUCCUCGGCUGGGCUCUGCAAUUUCUUUUGAACCCUCUGAACCCCCCUGGAUCGCUGACGAUCCCAAAUAGUGCCUAUCGCAAACGGCAAUAUCUCAGGAACCAUAAGACGGAUCUCUAUGGAGCAAAUCAUGAUCUUAAGCUUACCUUUUUGCCAGUCUAUAGAGAGCCUCUGGUGUUUAUAUCCCUUCCAGAACAUUUUAAGUCCAGGUGAAAAGCAGUGUUUUUUCAGAAUUUUGAUACUACAAAACCUUGCUAAAGCCAUGAUAACAUGAUUAUCACAUUUUUUUUGAUGAAAAACAAAAUGUAAAUUGGUUUUACAGUUUGCAGUGUCUAUUGUGCAUUUGUCAGCAAGUUAUUUUUCUCCUGAUAGACAAGUUUGUAGGAACUAAAUGCAGAUUUGAAAGGGUUAGUCAGUUUUGAUCAUAUUUACUUUUACAUUCAUUGAUAUGACUUCUUUGCUGCACACAUAUUCUGGUAAUCUCAGUUGCCCUGAAAAAAUGGUUUUCUUUGACUUGAUUGUGCUUAAAGGGGUUGAGAUUCUCCAGACCUCUAUAAAAACAGCAAAAAACUGGCUUUGAGUUCCUAGUGCUAAUACUAAAAGCCAUAUUGAACAAGCUCUGACUGAUCUUAGUUUGGUCAGGAACACUCUUGUAAUCAUUUUUUUUUGCAAACUGGACAGAGAAGGCUUUGCUUGGCAGAGAAGGCUCUGCUCAGAAAGAUGCUCCCUUGGUUAGUCAAGCAGCCUGCUUUGACUUCUCAGGUAGCGCAUGGCUAGAAACCUCCAUAUACAGUACUGUGCAGAAGUUUUAGGCAUGUAGAGCGCUAACGGUUCUUCACAGGUCCUGAUGUUCCACAACCCCGGGCUAAAGAGAGGAGGGAGGGCGGUCAG